AUGGAUGAAGGUUUCAGAGACCGGACCGCCUUCAUCCGCGGGGCAAAAGACAUUGCCAAGGAAGUGAAGAAGCAUGCCACCAAGAAGGUAGGCAAAGGGGUGGACCGGAUGCAGGAUGAGUACACGAAGCGUUCCUACGCCCGCUUCGAGGAGGACGAUGACGAUGAGGACUACCAGCCCCAGGACGGCUACUAUCGUGGGGAGCCGGCAGUGGAUGACGAGGGGGCCUCUAGCGAUGCCACCGAGGGCCACGACGAGGACGACGAGAUCUACGAAGGGGAGUACCAAGGCAUCCCCCGGAACGACUCCCUCAAGGGUGGGGACCACUUGACGGCCAACCAGGAGGUGGUGAGCGAGUUCAGGGACUUUGACGACCUGGAAGGGGAGAAGAAGAAGGAGAAGGAAGAACUGGCCCAGCAGUAUGAGCUGAUCCUCCAGGAAUGUGGACACGGGAGGUUCCAGUGGACGCUGUACUUUGUGCUGGGGCUGGCCCUCAUGGCUGACGGGGUGGAGAUCUUCGUGGUGGGCUUUGUCCUUCCCAGCGCCGAGAAGGAUAUGUGCUUGUCGGACUCCAAUAAAGGCAUGCUGGGUAAGUCUUCCCAACCAAGGAGAAAAUGGGCUGCUGGUGGCGGCGGCAGCUUGAUGUUGGAUUUAAGGGGCUGGGAUAUAGGUUGGCAUUUAUGUGUACAGUCAUACCUCAGGAUGCUUUGUGUUGUGCGAUUUCGGGUUGCGCACCACGCCGAACCUGGAAGUACCAAAAUGGGUUACUUCCGGAUUUCGGGGUUUCAGCGCCUGUGCAUUCACAGAAGCGCUAAAUCACGCUUUGUGCAUGCACAGAAGCGCCGAAUUGCAACCUGCACGUCCGCAGAUGCAGCGCUGCAGACGCUGUGGGUUGCGAAUGUGCUUCCCGCACGGAUCACGUUCGCAACCUGGGUGUCCACUGUACGCCGCCUUUCAGACAACUCCACCUGCCCCAAGAUAGCACACAAAUGCAAAAUUCAAGUUUGAAAAAGACUCGUUGACAGUGUCUAUAAGCUGUUUGCAUGGGUUUUAGGCAGAGGGUAAGCCGGCUGACCCUAGCACAGGGAUAUCCAACAUGGUGCCCUCUAGGGGUUGUUGAGCUACAGCUCCCUUCCAUCCAAGACAGAGCGACCAAGAGUCAAGGAUGUUGGGAGUCAUAGUCCAACAGUAUCUGUAAGACAACCCGCUGGCUAUCCCCGCUUCUGGCACAAACGCAGCAACACUUGCCGUGUUGUGUCUUGAGUGACAGCCUCAGUAAUAUGGAGAUAAGGUCUCAGCAGCACCCUGGACAGCUCCAUGCAGGGAUGCAUGAGAGCAAAGCUUGGAUGUUGUUUCAGCACCAGCCAGAACGGAUACAUAAAUAGGCAACUCUAUCUGAGCAGCUAGCCCCACCUUCUGUGGGUGGAGCCUCUUUAUUUAAAGGGGCCCAAGAUGUUUUAGCAGACAUCAACUCCAACAGAGCAGGGGAGGGUGAGGUUUUGCUUGGGGCUUUAGAGCAGCAACUAGAGGAGGGCACCGCCAUCUCCUCGGGCUGAAUGGCUACCAGCCCAACAGCCUCCUCUUGUGCAAGGGCUUCUUCUGGUUCAGUGUGCACAUCUGGGGCAGGGUAUGGGGAAUUCCCUCUCCUACUCCACCCUCCUGCCUCAUCCCCUGAAGGAGAAGUGCUAGCGGUGAUGUAGCAGUUAGGGUGUUGGACCAGGACCUGGGAGAGACCAGGGUUCAAACCCCCAACUUGGCCCGGAGUGAAGCUCACUGGCUGUGACUUUGUGCCUGUCGCUGCCUCUCAGCCUAACCUUACCUUACAGGGUUGUUGUGGGGAUUAAAUGAGAAGGAAGGGAGAACCACGGACCACGCCUUGAGCUCCUUGGAGAAAAAGGUGGGAGAGAAAUACAAUACAAUAAAUACAAAUAAUAAGUAAAGGGAGCCUGAUCCCAGGGAGGAGGACACUCAGUUGAAGCAUGGCUGGUGCUGAAACAACGUCCAAACUCUGGUCUUACCAUUAGACAGAGUGAGUCGGCAGAUGCUGGGCAGUGUGUGCGUGAGUGAUGAAGUUUCUAAUUAAUUGUAAACACUCCUCUACAUGGGAUCCCCUCUCCCCCUGCCUCUUAACGAUAAAAACCUGUAGUGAGCUAGGACUUCAGGGAGACAUGCGCUUUGUAUAGCCGUCCAUUUGAUAUGCUAGCUUAUCAGGGCAUUCUUGCUUUGGUUUUUACAUGGGAAUUGCUCUGAAAUCAUAGGCGCCCUCUACUUCACAUGGAGUUCAAAGCAGGUCAUCCUGAACCCUGACCAUCUCGUUUUGCGGAACUGCCUUCAAGUGCCAGGAUGUUAAACAGUCUGGACACAGACUGAGACCCAGUCUGGAGUAUGGAAUUCACUGCCGCAUGGUGUAUCAAUCGACACAGUUUUUAAAGGAGUUCAGAAAAAUCGAUGGAGGAAAAGGCUGCUGAUGGCUACUAGCCGUGAUGGUGAAGUUCUGCCUCCUCUAUCGGGGGCAGUGGCUGCAAAUCACAGACAGGGAGAGCAUGGCUGUUGCACUCAGGUCCUGCCAAUGCGCUUCCCAGGAGACGCAUCUGGUUGACCACUGUGAGAACAGGGCAAGGGGGGGCCAUUUGCCUAAUCCAUCAGGCCCGUCUCAUGUCCUGAUGGAGCCUCCAGGUCCAGAGACAGUCUAUAUAAAGUCCUAGAUUCUUAGGGGCUUUGGCCACUGUGAGAAGGUUGGAUUUGAUGGGCCUCCUUUGGCCUGAUGGCUUAGACGAAUUCACCAGCGGAGGAUGAGGCCACUAGUCACAAUGGCUGUUGGAGGCAGCAUGCCCCUGGAUACCAGUUUCUGGGAGUAACAAAUGGGGAGAGGGCUCUCACACUCAGGUCCCGCUUGCGGGAUUCCCCAUUUGGGCAUCUGGUUGGCCACUGUGAGAACAGUAUGCUGGACUAGAUGGUCCCCUUCAGCUCGAUUCAGCAGCUGUGCUCUUCUUGGGUCAUCUUGAAACUUCCAGGUCCAGAGGCAGUCUAUCUGGAUUCCUAGGUUCUUUGGUGAAUUUGGCUUCUGUAAGAACAGGAUGCAGGACUAGGAAGGCCCCCUUGGGCAGCUGAUCCAGCAUCUGGGCUCUCCUGAUGUUCCUUUGAAGUCAGUGCCUUCUCCUUGUCAAGUUUGCUUAUUACACGUGGGAUUGUGGGAUUUUAACAUCACCCUUGACUAUUUAUUGCAUUGGCAACCCAUCCCUUAGCAUGCAGGAUCCAAGCGUGGGAGACCACAUUAAGCUGCAAUAAUUGUUGUUGUUGUUGUUUAGUCAUUUAGUCGUGUCGAACUCUUCGUGACCCCCUGGACCAGAGCACGCCAGGCACUCCUGUCUUCCACUGCCUCCCGCAGUUUGGUCAAACUCAUGCUGGUAGCUAUGAGAACACUAUCCAACCAUCUGGUCCUCUGUCGUCCCCUUCUCCUUGUGCCCUCCAUCUUUCCCAAAAUCAGGGUCUUUUCCAGGGAGUCUUCUCUUCUCAUGAGGUGGCCAAAGUAUUGGAGCCUCAGCUUCAGGAUCUGUCCUUCCAGUGAUUUCCUUCCGAAUGGAGGGCUGAUUUCCUUCCGAAUGGAGAGGUUUGAUCUUCUUGCAGUCCAUGGGACUCUCAAGAGUCUCCUCCAGCACCACAAUUCAAAAGCAUCAAUUCUUCAGCGAUCAGCCUUCUUUAUGGUCCAGCUCUCACUUCCAUACAUCACUACUGGGAAAACCAUAGCUUUAACUAUACGGACCUUUGUUGGCAAGGUGAUGUCUCUGCUACUAUAAUACAGUUCAUUAAAACACAAGGCAGCCACCAACCUCAAGAACCUAUUAGAAGCGCAGUAUACAUCACCGGCAUCUUAAAAAGCGAUAAACGCAACAAUGCUUUGGCAAGCAGACCGGACCUCACAGCAGCCAUUUCCCGAUGGCCUGGGCUGAAAGGCGGGGAGCCCCGUAGAAUCGCAACAACGACAAAAAAAAUCAUCGCAGCCUUAAUCCCUAACUCGGCCAUCUCAUGCGGCAAAACUGGCUCGAAGCAGAGGGAUGUCGCUGCAUGCUCAGAGGCCAGGCUGAAGCCUCGCCCGCUGCGAUCCUGAGAGGCAGGGGGCGAAUUGGGCCUGGCUGAGUUUUGCACUGGUGUGAUCAGUCCGGAUUUCUGCUCCAGGCUCGAGAGCGGAAUGCGGCAAGGUUGUGACUCAUCGCCUCCUCUCUCUCUCUCGUUCCCCCCUCCCCAUUCCUAAUUUAGGAAUAAUGUGUCAGAAUCGCAGUGGCCCCCAAGCUUAUCUCCCUGCCUCACAAGGCACUGCAGAGGCCCUGGUUGCUGUGGCGGAAAAGCUUAGGCAGGAUUAUAUCCCUCUGAAAAGGAACUGUGGUGGAAGGGCGGGGGAAGCAGAGGAAACCGUGCUUUUUGCGGGGGCGCCAAAGUGAGGAGGGCCUACGGGGGCGAUGUGCGGGGGGGGGGAAACGCUGGCAUUUUGAGGCAAAACUGACACCGGCUUCUCCGCACAGACUGCACUGCGGCAAGGCUGAUGUCCCCUGCUGAACGCCUGCAGAGACAGGACAUCGCAUUCCCACAGGCCCCCAAAUUGGGGCCGGGGAGGGGGUUCCCUUUGGCCUAGAGGCUAUGGAGAGAGAGAGAGGGGGGGGGUCCGCACUGUCUCUCUGUUCAUCGAAUUGUAGAAGUGAGUCAGAGCAAUGGGGCCCAUCUAGGCCAGUGUUGUCUGCUCGGUCUGGCAGCAGCUCUCCAUCGUUUCGGAGACAGACUGCUUCACCGGACUUAAAUGCUAUUGGGGCUUGAACCCGGGACCUUCUGCAUGCAGAGCAAGUGUUCUACCACUGAGCUACAGCCCUUACCCUAAAAAGCAAUGCUCUAGUCCUCAUGGUUCCGAGCAAAGGGCUGAUUUAAAACAAGAACAAGAGAAGCUGCCUUAUACCCAAUCCGGCCAUUGGCGCAUCCAGUGUUGCCUACACAUGCUGGCAGCAGCUCUCUGGGUUUUCAUCUCUGCCCAGAGAGAUGCUGGGGAUUGAAGCCUCAUACAGCCUUUCCUAUAAAAAUAAGCUAAGAUCCCGGUCCUCACAGUUCUGAUGAAGCAACUGAUUUAAAUAGGAACCUGCCAACAUAUUUUUUUGGAAGGCUGAGCUCUGGCACCCUUUGCGGAUCAGGGCCAAGUCAGCCGCAGCUCCUCCUUGCCAAAGAUCCACGCAGAGAGCCUGCGCUUCAAGCCAUCACUAACUUGGCCUGGCAGCAACUGGGAACCCUCUUGGGAUUCUUUCUGCCUGCUCUCCAUCAACUCCUCCUCCUCCUCCGUCUUCCCUUCCUGAACUCGGAGCGUCCUCGACCGAAGAUGACCCGCUUGUGUUCUUGCCAGGGAGCAGAUGCCGGGAAUAGCUGGCUCUGAAGCAGGGAGAGUUGGAUGGAUGGCGACUCCUCUCCCUCUGUCAGGCAAUGUGGCUGAACGGGGAGAAUUGUUUAACCAGUUUGGGGGUUGCUGUGUAGGGCUGCCCUUAGCACCCCAUCAGCAGAGAUUAAAAGUAGGUUGUGUGGGCACCUGUGUCCCAUGUAGUCGGGCAACUGACAUGUCAGUCGCCUGGUGUCACAAUGACGGCCUGUUUUUCCUUUGCCUGCCCUGCUGGAAAUCAAACCACCCCAGCAAAGGAACAGCGCCUUGGAGAUACUGGCGACCAGCUGAUUGGCAGGAGACCCCGCCAUCCUCUGCAGGUGAUGGAAGCGCAUAAGAGCAGCCCUGCUGGAUCAGGCCAAUGACCCAUCUGGCCCAGGAUCCUGCUCUCACAGUGGCCAACCAGGUGCGUCUUUUGGGAAACCUGCAAGCAAGAACUCAGCACAAGAGCUCUUAUGUCAACACAGUCUGUCAACGCAGUCAAAUACAGUCAAUAUUUCCUUCCAAGUGAUCAGCCUCAAACUGAAGCCAUGUCUUACAUUUACAGUACAGCUUACCUCUCCGCCCCCAAGAAUCCUGGGAACUGCGGCUUGCUGGGGGCGCUGGGAAAGGUAGCACCGCAAAGGGUGAAACUACAAUUCCCAGUGUUCUUUGGGAAAAGCCGUGCGCUUUUUUGAUACAGUUUUAUUUACACUUUUCACAUUACAGUGGUACCUCGGGUUACAUACGCUUCAGGUUACAGACUCCGCUAACCCAGAAAUAUUACCUUGGGUUAAUAACUUUGCUUCAGGAUGAGAACAGAAAUUGUGUGGCGCCAGCGGGAGGCCCCAUUAGCUAAAGUGGUGCUUCAGGUUAAGAACAGUUUCAGGUUAAGAACAGACCUCCAGAACGAAUUAAGUUCUUAAUCCGAGGUACCACUGUACAAUAAAAGGCCAACUAAUUACACACACAAAAAUAAUAAAAAGAAAAAGAAUAAAAUAACAGAGAAAAGAAAGAAGGGAUAGAUAAGUACAGAAUCAUCUCUCGCAGAUAUAUCUUAACUUUUGAGCCAUACAGAAAAGGGCGUGUGCUCCCAGCUCACAUAUGGCGAGCGUCCCUCUUUUCCCCCAGCCUCUCACCCCGAGAGAUUUCCCUGUGCACUUUAAAUGUGCAUUGAGUGUGCUUUGAAUAUAUGGCAUGGAUCUGCCCCCAAACUUAUUUGUAGCGCUGUGGCUGCAUCAGGUGGAUUUCUGGGCGGAGGAGGGGCAAUGUUUUGCCAAGCCAACAGUUCAUCAGGAGGGGAUUUCUCCCAGCAGUUGAUUAAGGGCGAGGAGAAAACGCACGUCUUCUUCUCUUUCUAUUUUCCUCUCUGCCACCCACCCUUAGCCCCUAAAUUGCUUUUUAGCAAGCCCUGAGCAACCUGCCAUUCCUAAUCAGCAUGGUUUGGAGCAGGAGGGAGGGAGGGAGAGAGAGAAAAACAAGCUGUGACUCAUGCAAAUGAUGAGACUAGAGGGAUGCUCCGAAAAGGCAGAGAUUUGUCCUUUCAUGGUGGGGUGGCACUGGGGGAGGGAGGACUGGAUGACUGAGGAGCUCCAGUGAAGAAGGAUGUUCGGUGAUUCGGGACAGACGAAAGAAAGGACUUCUUCACGCAGCGCAGAGUUAAACACUGGCCGCUAAUCUAGAUGGCUUCAAAAGAGGAUUGGACAAACUCAUGGAGGAGAAGAGGGCUACUGAUGGCCACUAGCCAGAAUAGCUAUGCUCUACCUCCAACCAUCAGGGAUGUGGGUGGCACUGUGGGUUAAACCACAGAGCCUAGGACUUGCCGAUCAGAAGGUUGGCGGUUCGAAUCCCCACGACGGGGUACAUCUCUAGGUAGGGCUGGGAGAGACCUCCCUGCCUGAAACCCUAGACAGCUGCUGCCAGUCAGUGUGGACAAUUCUGAGCUUAAGGUAAAGGGACCCCUGACCAUUAGGUCCAGUCGUGGCCAACUCUGGGGUUGCGGCGCUCAUCUCGCUUUAUUGGCCGAGGGAGCCGGCGUACAGCUUCUGGGUCAUGUGGCCAGCAUGACUAAGCCGCUUCUGGCAAACCAGAGCAGCGCAUGGAAAUGCCAUUUACCUUCCCGCCGGAGCGGUACCUAUUUAUCUAUUUGCACUUUGAUGUGCUUUCAAACUUCUAGGUUAGCACGAGCUGGGACCGAGCAAUCGGAGCUCACUCCAUCGCAGGGAUUCGAACCGCUGAUCUUCUGAUCGGCAAGUCCUAGGCUCCGUGGUUUAACCCACAGCGCCACCCGCGUCCCUAAUACUAAGCUAGAUGCACCCUAAUGGUCUGCUUCAGUGAAAAGCAGCUCCCCACAGCCCUGUGCGCUGCCAAACUUCAGCAAAGUGUUUAGAGCGAGCCCUUUUUCCAAGGAAAAAAGGGAGAAGUAAGUCCAUGCUUCCACUGGCCUCGUGUUUUUGAAAGGUGUUUCUGAAGGUGGGAAGCGGUCUCUCUCUCUGUGUGUGUGUGUGUGUGUGCCAGAUGAGGGCACUUCUCAUUCUGCUGAUGUCAUUAUUUCCCAACACCCCCCCACCCCUAUUUCACCCUGCUGGGAUUGGCCGGCUGAAAAACUGCUGUCUUAUUCCUCCCGUUUGUCACUUCCCAUCGCUCAGCCGCAUCCCAGCCCUGUGACUGCAGUUCAGAUUUAUGGAGAAGGCAGGAUAAAAAUAGACCUCACUCUCUGCUGCGUACACUCUGCCUCCCGGCUCUCCCUCCCGCUUCUCCCUGUAAAAGUCCUCUCCGUCGCAGCAGAAGUCCCUUGGCAUCUGGGGGUUUGAUCUCGGUGUCCCCAGCUACCCAGGCCAUAGCGCCUGCCUUGCAUUCAGCCAUGGCUUAUGGAAUUUGUGUGUGUGUGUGUGUGUGUGAGAGAGAGAGAGAGAGAGAGAGAGAGACCUUUUCAACUUAACUCCGAAAACAAUUAUGGGACAUGGGUGGCGCUGUGGGUUAAACCACAGAGCCUAGGACUUGCCAAUCAGAAGGUCGGCAGUUCGAAUCCCCGCGACAGGGUGAGCUCCCGUCGCUCGGUCCCUGCUCCUGCCAACCUAGCAGUUCGAAAGCACGAAGUGCAAGUAGAUAAAUAGGUACUGCUCCAGCGGGAAGGUAAACGGCGUUUCUGUGCGCUGCUCUGGUUCGCCAGAAGCGGCUUAGUCAUGCUGGCCACAUGACUCGGAAGCUGUACGCCGGCUGCCUCGGCCAAUGAAGCAAGAUGAGCGCCGCAACCCCAGAGUCGGCCACGACUGGACCUAAUGAUCAGGGGUCCCUUUACCUUUACCUUUAUAGGGUGCCUACAUUCUGCAUGGACUGGUUGCGUGGCAACAUGUUCAAAUGGCUUUAGAUACCUAUUAGCUCCAUAAAUUACCAUAUAGCAUAUAUUAAAUACAAAACAGCGACCAUUUGUUGUUGACAAAGGACAGCUGGACAUAUAAAGGGCCCCAUUACCUUCAGUAGCUUAGGGCCUCGUGAAACCCCAAUCCGGCCCUGUCUAUGUUAUGCUAUGAGACCCAUGGUCAUCUCCCUUGCAUGUGAGAAACAAGGGCGCUGGUGGCGCCUGCCAUAUUUUGAGCACUGGAGAUCCCACAUCUUCUGCGAGAGGCGCCUAGUUUUCGGAAGUGACUCUGGGGCACAAAGUGGUCUGGUGAGGGAGGCAGCGGGGGGAGGGCAUUGAAUGUCGCAGUGCAGUCCUGAACGUGCAUACAGUGCCUGAUGCAAAAAGGGGAAGCUAGUAAUCCCUUAUUGACACACACACAUCUAUAUGAAUGAAUAUAUGAGUGAACUGGUGCAGGUAAAAGGGUUUGCAAGGAGGAAUCUCAUCUCUGCAGGGGAAGAAGCAAAAUGAGACGAAAUCCGCUGCAUCUGUCAGGGCUGCGUAGUUGGCCUGAUAUCUGGUGGCUUAAUCCGGGGAUUAGCUGGACGCAGUGGCAAGCGGCUUAGCGGAGCCACUUGGCCGCCGCAGGGUGCCCAGUUCUCAUCACGGCUGGAGGGAUUAUCUGCCCACCGCCCACAGGAGGGCGAGACACAGCGGUGGCCUUUCCCAUCCCACUCCUCCUCUCUUUACGCCGCCCCCUCCCCACCCCUGUGUGCCCAGAGGAAAGCACGCUGCCGCACGGAGGCCGAGUCCCACUGCAGUGAAAACUGCCCAGGCACUGUUGCCAUCGUUUGACUCCAGCUGCCGCACGACACCCACGUGCUGAGUCACCAGAGCCCCGUGCUGAGCCAGGCAUAUUCUCUCUGGCCCGUUUGCAUCACCCCCAGCGAAGGGAAGGAGCUGAGGGUCUUUCAUUUGCCAGGUGCUGCCUGAGGGUGAUGCACUGUGGCCAGAAAGCCCUUACAGUUUGGGCAGUGGUGGAAGAAGAUAAGGAGAGCCUGCUGGAUGAGGCCAAAGGGUCUAGAAACACGGGAAGGUGCCCAGUACUGAGUCAGACUAUGGGUAUUGUGCAGAAUUGAUGCUUUUGAAUUCUGGUGCUGGAGGAGACUCUUGAGAGGCCCAUGGACUGCAAGAAGAUCAAACCUCUCCAUUCUGAAGGAAAUCAGCCAUGAGUGCUCACUGGAAGGCCAGAUCCUGAAGCUGAGGCUCCAAGACUUUGGCCACCUCAUGAGAAGAGAAGACUCCCUGGAAAAGAUCCUGAUGUUGGGAAAGAUGGAGGGCACAAGGAGAAGGGGACGACAGAGGAUGAGAUGGUUGGACAGUGUUCUCGAAGCUACCAGCAUGAGUUUGACCAAACUGCGGGAGGCAGUGGAAGACAGGAGUGCCUGGCCUGCUCUGGUUCAGGGGGCCAUGAAGAGUCGGACACGACUAAAUGACUAAACAGUAACGUUCUCAUUUGCUCCCCUCUCCCCGCCUUCUCUAUGCAAAUCCAGAUUUGUGAUGCGGCGCUGCAAAUCCGCCAAUGGGCACUGCGCUCUGACUUCACGCAAGUCCUCCAAUGCUGGCUGUGUGACGACAGCCUUGCAUUUUUCUGUAUAUAAGAGAGCAGAGUUCCCAAACUCCAGCACUCUCCAAGAACUCAUGAAACCGCAUGGGAAAGUUGGGACGUCAGCCAGGCUGUGUAUGGGGGGAGGGGGCAGGGACCCUCACAUCUAAAUUUUAUUUUCACAUUUAUAUCCUACCCUUUUUUCAUCCAUGGAGCUAAAGGUGCCAUUCACAGUUCUCCUCCUCCUCAUUUUGUCCCAACAACCCUGUGAGGUUGGUUAGGCUCAGUGGUAGUGACUGCCCCAUGCCAAAGAGAGGAUUUGAACCCUGGUCUCCCAUGCCCUAGUCUGACACUCUAACCACUACACCACAUUGGAUGGGGAAUCUCUGGCUUGGGGGCCAAAAGACUCCACUGUCUGGCCCUUGGAGUUCUCCCCAGUGUGAGAGAGCCAGUGUGGUGUAGUGGUUAAGAGUGGUAGUCUUGUAAUCUGGUGAACCGGGUUCUCUUCCCUGCUCCUCCGCAUGCAGCUGCUGGGUGACCUUGGGCCAGUCACACUUCUCUGAAGUCUCCCAGCCCCACUCACCUCACAGAGUGUUUGUUGUGGGGGAGGAAGGGAAAGGGGAAUGUUAGCCGCUUUGAGACUCCUUAAAGGGAGUGAAAGGCAGGAUAUCAAAUCCAAAACUCCCCAGCUCAUGCCUCUUAUCCAAACCCUCCUGAAAUGUAUUUGCUUGGCUGGGACAUGUCUUUGAACUCUGAUAACGCCUGUGCUUGCCUGAAUGGGGGACAGAGAGUGUGCAUGUGUGUAUUAUCUAUUCAUCAUUUGACAAAACUUAUACAGUGGUCCCUCAGGUUACAGACGCUUCAGGUUACAGACUCCACUAACCCACAAAUAGUACCUCGGGUUAAGAAGUUUGCUUCAGGAUGAGAACAGAAAUCGCGCAGCGGCAGCAGAAGGCCCCAUUAGCUAAAGUGGUGCUUCAGGUUAAGAACAGUUUCAGGUUAAGAACGGACCUCCAGAACGAAUUAAGUUCUUAACCAGAGGUACCACUGUACAUGAGUUUGCAAAAUCUCAAAGUGUGUUGCAAAGGGAAUAAAACAAAAUUAUCAGUAAAAACAGCCCUGUGACAUAUUCAAAAGAAAAAAACCAGCAACACGCUAAAAGCGGAUUGAAGCAUGUGUCUCCAUGUCCAAGUUGGCUUGUCUAAGCAAAAGUGUUUUUAGCAGGAUCCGAAAGAAGUACAGUCAUGCCUCUCAACUCCCAAAUGCCUUGGGAGUCGAACGUUCUGGCUCCUGAAUGAUUGAAAACCAGAAGUGAUUGUUCCGGUCUUCGAACGUUCUUUUGGAAGUCGAACGUCUGACGGCUCCUGCAGCCAAUUAGAAGCCACACUUUGGUUUCCAAAUGUUUUGGAAGUUGAACGGACUUCUGGAAUGGAUUCCGUUCGACUUCCGAGGUACGACUGUACCGUGAAGGGGCUUGCACCAUGUCAACAGGCAGAAAGUUCCCAAGCGCUGGUGCUGCCACACUAAACGAUCGAUUGCUUUACGAAUGUGGAACGAGUCUUAAUGUUUGCCUGUGACAGGGCUAGUUCUGCAGAAAAGUAGCCUAUUGUACAAGAGAGGGCAGUCGUGGCCCCCAAAGGGUUUCCCAUAAGCAGUUGUUGCCCUUGGGCAGAGAAUGGUUCCCCAUCCCUGGCGGCGAAUCUUCCCUAACUGCAGCCGAUGAGGGGUGAGUGGUUCUGCUAUGUGCUCUCCUUGUCUUCCUCUAGGACUCAUUGUUUACCUGGGCAUGAUGGUCGGUGCCUUCCUCUGGGGCGGCCUGGCGGACCGGCUGGGGCGCAGGCAGUGCCUCCUGAUGUCCCUUUCCGUCAACAGCGUCUUCGCCUUCUUCUCCUCCUUUGUCCAGGGUUAUGGCACUUUCCUCUUCUGCCGGCUCCUCUCCGGCGUGGGGUAAGGCAUGUUCUGUGUUUGGUCCCCAGAUUCUGGGAGAUCCCCUUUGGGGAUCACUGUUAGAACCUUCAGCACAUCUCCUCCUCCUCCUCUUCUUCUUCUCCUCCUCCUCCUCCUCCUUUUCUAUCACCCUGAACUAGGAAUUUAAAGGGAAAGAUAAAGGAUCCCUGACAGUGAAGUCCAGUCAUGAACGAUUCUGGGGUUGCGGCACUCAUCUCACAUGACUGGUCGAGGGAGCCGGUGUUUGUCCGCAGACAGUUUUUCCGGGUCAUGUGGCCAGCAUGACUAAGCUGCUUCUGGCAAACCAAAGCAGCGCACAGAAAUGCCAUUUACCUUCCCGCUGGAGGUACCAGCUUUCGACGUGCUUUCGAACUGCUAGGUAGGCAAGAGCAGGGACCGAGCAACGGGAGCUCACCCCGUCGUGGGGAUUCAAACUAUGAGAACUAGGAACUUAGCUUUUCCAAAUUGUUUUUAAAAUGAAGGGAGGUGUGUGAGAGAGAUAGAUAUCCUCACACAGCCGUGUGCUGAACCUCCGGCUCUGGGGAAUAAAUUCUGAGGAUGAUGUCCUUGAAGACUGAACGGGGGGCAUGCAAGUGGUUGCACACACCUGCUCGAGACGCAUUGGUUUGUCUGGAUUUUAUGCUAGAACUAAAAAACAAAGAAAUGUACAGCUAACGGAUCUGCUGACCUGAUUCUCCCUCUGACACCAUCCAGUGGGUUGUCUGGGUUUUGCUUUUUCAAAUUGGGGUUAUAGUCAAACAAGGGAUGCGGGUGGCGCUGUGGUCUAAACCACUGAGCCUCUUGGGCUUGCUAAUCAAAAGGUCUGUCCCAGCUCCUGCCUACCUAGCAGUUCGAAAGCACACCAGUGCAAGUAGAUAAAUAGGUACCACUGUGGUGGGAAGGUAAAUGGCAUUUCUGUGCACUCUGGCACUUGUCACGAUCCUCCAUGUGCCAGAAGCGGUUUAGACAUGCUGGCCACAUGACCUGGAAAGCUGUCUGUGGACAAACGCCGGCUCCCUCAGCCUGAAAGCGAGAUGAGCACCACAACCCCUUAGUCGCCUUUGACUGGACUUAACUUUCCAGGGGUCCUUUACCUUUAUAUUUACCUUUUUACCUAAAGUCAAACAAAAAUUACCCUCUGCCCUCCGCCCAGCUUGAACUUGGAAGUGCUUCAGACCCCACCAGCAUGUUUUUCACUCCUCUCUCUCUCUCUCUCUCUCUCCUUUUUCUAGUAUUGGCGGGUCGAUUCCCAUCGUUUUCUCCUACUAUUCAGAGUUCCUGGCCCAGGAGAAGCGCGGGGAGCACCUCAGCUGGUUGUGCAUGUUUUGGAUGAUUGGGGGCAUCUAUGCGUCUGCCAUGGCGUGGGCGAUCAUCCCCCAUUAUGGUAAGGGAUGGGAAAUUCCCAGGGACGAAGGAGACCAACUGACUGGGGGCUUCCUCUCUCCAUUUGGCCCCAGUGGUGCACAAAUCCUAUACUGGGAAAAGAGCUGGAUUUUACCCAUGAAAAGAGCAGGAUUUUACCCAUAAUCAAUAUGCAUUGAUUAUGCAUAUGGGGCUCAUUUGCAUAUAUGUGAAGGGGAUUCAUGCAAGGAGCAAAUCACCUUGUCUCAAAAAACGCUAGACAUUUUAUUUCGCCUUCUUGGCACCCCUUAUCCAUCUUAGGGGCUGGAAACUUGGGAUCUGCAUUCUGAACCCAGUGCAAAUUUCUGAGCUUGCAUGUUUUCACUUUGGAAGGUGCACAAUUCUGGCAUGUUGUGAAAUGGAAGAGAUUUGGGGCACAUGCGGGGAGAGAGGUGGGUGUAACAAAUCUUUAUUUUCCAAUCCGAAGGCUGGAGCUUCCAAAUGGGGUCUGCGUACCAGUUCCACAGCUGGCGUGUCUUCGUCCUGGUCUGUGCCUUCCCGUCCGUCUUCGCCAUUGGAGCCCUCACCACCAUGCCGGAGAGCCCCCGCUUUUUCUUGGAGGUAAAAGGAACAGAACGGCUUAAGGGAGAUGGGGAAGAGACGGAGGAAGGCAUCAGGGCAAGGCUGGAAUGUGGUGAUAGGGGAGGGGAAAGACCCAGUGGGUUGGUGUCACUAGGGCUGGCCGAAGACAUUUUGGCACCGGAGGUGAACCUCAAAAUGGCACCCACCUAGUGGCGAAUCUGCAUACGUGCAGCUACACACACAGAGUCAAUUAGGGUUUGGCAGACAGCUAAGGCAGUGUGAAGGAGUAAGUCUGCCUGGUGAUACAGAGGCAUGGAGACUGCUCCAUGAUUGGUCAAGCUCUCUCAAGGGAAUAAUAAUAAUAAUAAUUUAUUAUUUAUACCCCACCCAUCUGUCUGGGUUUCCCCAGCCACUCUGGGCGGCUUCCAACAAAAAACUAAAAUAUAAUAACCUAUUAAACAUUAAAAGCUUCCCUAAACAGGGCUGCCUUUAAAUGUCUUCUAAAAGUUUGGUAGUUAUUUUUCUCUUUGACAUCUGGUGGAAGGGCGUUUCACAGGACGGGCACCACUACUGAGAAGGCCCUCUGCCUGGCUCCCUGUAACUUGGCUUCUUGCAGGGAGGGAACCGCCAGAAGGCCCUCAGCACUGGACCGCAGUGUCCCUGCAGAACAAUGGAGGUGGAGACGCUCCUUCAGGUAUACUGGGCCGAGGCCAUUUAGGGCUUUAAAGGUCAGCACCAACACUUUGAAUUGUGCUCGGAAACAUACUGGGAGCCAGUGUCGGUCUUUCAAGACAGGUGUUAUGUGGUCUCAGCGGCCGCAUAACCGCUGAGUCACCAGUCUAGCUGCUGCAUUCUGGAUUAGUUGCAGUUUCCGGGUCACCUUCAAAGGUAGUCCCACAUAGAGCACAUUGCAGUAGUCCAAGCAAGAGAUAACCAGAGCAUGCACCACUCUGGCGAGACAGAGUCAAACUGACAUUAUUCAUACAGCUGUCUGCUGUGGAGUAAUAGCAAAGCUUACAUGACAUAUAACCUUUAGAAGGAAUCUGAAGGCAGCCCUGUGCAGGGAACCUUUUUAAUGUUUCAUGUUUUAUUAUGUUUUUAUAUAUGUUGUAAGCCACCCAGAGUGGCUGGGGCAGCCCUGUCAGAUGGGCAGGAUACAAAUAAAGUAUUAUUAUUAUUAAGUUUUAACUAGCACACUGUUUUAAUGGGCUUGUUUAUUGUAUAUUUAAAUUAUGGGUGAUUUACUCUGUCUACCCUUUGAACAGAGUUUCAUAAACUGAAAAUAAAAUUUUACAGACGAUGACCUGCAUGACAUAUCACUUUACAAAAUUUUAUUUUCAGUUUAUGAAAUAAUUCUAUAUUCUCCCACCACGCUGACGAAGAUCUACGAAACAGCAGUCAAUAUCCGGAAUCUCUGUUCAGUGUUGGACAUUAUCUUUGCUGAAUACAAAAAGCUUCACAGCUUAUCUUUCAUCAUGGAAAGUUUAGUACCUCUCUUCAUUUAAAGACUUUCAGAGACUUUGAGUCUAAGAUUUCCUUUUGAAUUUGUUAUUGUUUGAAGGAAUUCUAUAAAGAUGGUCUAUUGUGUAUGUAUAUGGUCAUCGUGUUGCCAAAACAUUGUUGACGUAACACACACAGGGCAGAACAUUGGUUAAUGGCUUUGUUAUUUAUUUUUUUAAUGUAACAUUUCCCUUUCUAGAACGGGAAACACGACGAAGCCUGGAUGGUACUGAAGCAGGUCCAUGACACCAACAUGAGAGCCAAGGGUCACCCCGAGCGAGUUUUCUCGGUGAGGGAUCAUCCUGGCCACCGUCCCAGCAGACUAAAAUGGAUGAACAGAGCAUAAUCGAACUGUGGAACUCCUUGCCACAGGAGGCAAUGAUGGCCGCCAACCUAGAUGGCUUUAAAAGAGGGUUAGGCAGGUUCAUGGAGGAGGAGAGGGCUAUCUGUGGCUACUAGCCAGGAUGGCUGUGUUCUGCCUCCACGGUCAGAGGCAGCAAAGCUUCUGAAUGCCAGUUGCUGGAAACCACAGGAGGGGAGAGGGUUAUUGUGUUCGAAUCCUGCUUGCUGCUUUCCCAGAAGAAAAACAACAACAAACCUCUGGUUACGUGAAAGCUUCAAUAAACACACAAGACGUAACCAGCUGUACGUUUGAAAAAAUAAUAUAUAUACUAUUCAUUGUACAGUGGUACCUCGGGUUACAGACACUUCAGGUUACAGACGCUUCAGGUUACAUACUCCGCUAACCCAGAAAUAGUACCUCGGGUUAAGAACUUUACUUCAGGAUGAGAACAGAAAUCGCGCGGUGGCAGCGGGAGCCCCCAUUAGCUAAAGUGGUACCUCAGGUUAAGAACCGUUUCAGGUUAAGAACGAACCUCCAGAACGAAUUAAGUUCUUAACCCAAGGUACCACUGUACUGAAUUGUAGAUUUUAACAGAAGUAGCUCAUAAAGUUCAUCGAAAAAAGCAGAAGACCCAGUGGAUCAGUUCAUUCUCUAGUCAGUUCAUGCAUAAGGUCCAUACAUGUAUAAGUGUCUAUUCCACCUGUCUGUUGAUAGAGUCCAAUAAUCCAUAUGAAGGGUUGUUACAGUUCCACAGAGUCUAAGACAAGGAUUUCUGGAAUAUUAGCCUUGUUUCGCCAUCCUAGGCUUCAUCAGUAGUACAAACUCAUAUAUGAUAUCACAGGACAGUGGAUCUUAUAGCAUAGUAGUAGCUGCUGACACAGCAGUCCUGUGAUAUCAUAUAUGAGUUAGUACUACUGAUGAAGCCCAGGAUGGCGAAACAAGGCUAAUAUUCUGGAAAUCCUUGUCUUAGACUCUGUGAAAGGAUUCUGUGGAACUACGUUGGAGCAUAUUUUCUUUUCUUGUGAUUUUGGCAUUUAUGCCAGAAGACAAUUGUUAGAGGCCUUACAACUUAACAGGCUCGCUUCUAUGCCGCCAGCGGUUCAGGACCUGCUCUCGGACAGGAUUGAUCAAAUUACUUUAAUAGUGGCUAAAUUUUUGAGUGCUGUCCAUGUGGAAAGACUGGGCCAUCAUAGAGAGAUUUAGUGGUUUGUGAUUGGUCGGUGAUGUGGUAGUGUUUUACUGUAUUAUUUAUGCAAAUUGUUAUGCUGAAUUCGUAUUUUCCACAAUUUGUAUACGGUGUUUGUUUGAGAGUGUGUGGUUUGCUAUGCCUAAUAAAGGAUUGAUUGAUACUGAACUGCAACAACCUUUCUUAUGGAUUGUUGGACUCUAUGAACAGACAGGUGGAAUAGACAUUUUCACAUAUAAACUGGUUAGAGAAUGAACUGAUCCACUGGGUCUUCUACCUUUUUCAUUGAACUUCAUGAGCUACUUCUGUUGAAAUCUACAAUUCAGUACAAUGAAUAGUAUAUAUUAUUUUUUCAAACGUAUAGCCGGUUACGUCUUGUGUGUUUAUUGAAGCUUUCACAGAAGAGGCAUCCGGUUGGCCACUGUGCGAAGAGGAUGCUGAACUAAAAAGGCCACUGGCCUGAUUUAGCAGGACUCUUCUUAUCUACUUAGGUUCUAACCGCUUUGGGCUGUGAUUCUGCGGGGUGAGGGGCUCACCUCUGUGACAUUAAAAAUCCAAAUUUGCACCUGUUAGUUCUUGGGUUUACACCCCGGUGCCUUGCAACGCCCCUGCCGGGAAUCUUUCAUAGUAUACAAACUUGCAAGGUCCUGCCCUGAAUCUAAAGCGGCACUUCCCAAACUUAGAUCUCCUGCUGUUUUUGGACUACAGUGCCCAUCAUCCUUGACCGCCGGUCUUGCUAGCUAGGGAUGAUGGGAGUUGUAGUCCAAAACCCUAGAUUUUGGGGAAAACCAUGCUCUAAAAAGCCUGGAAGAGAAAUGUGUCAUCAUUUCCCCACCUUCCCUCUCCAACUUUUCCCCCCUAUUAUUCCACAGGUGACCCACAUCAAGACCAUCAAACAGGAGGACGAGCUGGUAGAGAUUCAGUCUGACACGGGGACCUGGUACCGGCGCUGGAUGGUCCGCUUCUUGAACCUUUCCCAGCAGGUUAGCUUCUGGAGCAACGAAGGCUCAGUGGGCUCAGCCAAACGGCCCUCUCACUUCCCUCACAGAGGUUGCACUGUUUGGCCACAUUCCGUCGCUGUUCCCUGACUCUGGCAAAGAUUUGAACACAGACAGGCAGUGCCUUCAGAGUCCGAUCCUGCAGGCUUCAGCAAAUUGUGGAAAACCUACACUGAUUUACCCUCUUCCCUCCCCUUAGCCCCACCCCAGAGAGGCUCAAAAUAUGUUUUUCUCUUUUUACAGGUCUGGGCGAAUUUCCACCAGUGCUUUGUUCCUGAAUACCGUCGGGUGACCCUGAUGAUGAUGGCAGUGUGGUUCACCAUGUCCUUCAGGUGGGGCUAGUCUAGCUUUAUUGCAUUUAUUUAUUUCAUAAAUUUCAUAUACCGCUUGAUCAUAGGGGGCAAAACCCUCAAAGCGGUUUACAAAGAAUAUAUAAAACAAUAAAAUGAUCACUAAAAAAAUUGGCAACAAUAAUUUAAACCGUACAGAAAGUUAAAGCUGUGAUAGAAUACAGUGGUACCUCGGGUUACAUACGCUUCAGGUUACAGACUCUACUAACCCAGAAAGAGUGCUUCAGGUUAAGAACUUUGCUUCAGGAUGAGAACAGAAAUCGUGAUCCGGCGGCGCGGCAGCAGCAGGAGGCCCCAUUAGCUAAAGUGGUGCUUCAGGUUAAGAACAGUUUCAGGUUAAGAACAGACCUCCAGAAUGAAUUAAGUACUUAACCUGAGGUAGCACUGUAGAAGAAGAAGAGUUUGGAUUUGAUAUCCCGCUUUAUCACUACCCUAAGGAGUCUCAAAGCGGCUAACAUUCUCCUUUCCCUUCCUCCCACACAACAAACACUCUGUGAGGUGAGUGGGGCUGAGGGACUUCAGAGAAGUGUGACUAGCCCAAGGUCACCCAGCAGCUGCACGUGGAGGAGCGGAGUUGCGAACCCGGUUCACCAGAUUACGAGUCUACCGCUCUUAACCACUACACUACACUGGCUCUGUAGACUAAAACAUACACAGUGGUACCUUGGUUCUCAAACUUAAUCCGUUCCGGAAGUCCGUUCCAAAACUAAAGCAUUCCAAAACCAAGGUGUGCUUUCCCAUUGAAAGUAAUGCAAAAUGGAUUAAUCCAUUCCAGACUUUUAAAAACAACCCCUAAAACAGCAAUUUAACAUGAAUUUUACCAUCUAACGAGACCAUUGAUCCAUAAAAGGAAAGCAACAAUCAAUGUACUGUACUAUAAAAUAAAUAAGACAGUAUUGUAGAUGAUAAAAAUUAGAAUUAAUUUUUCCCCCUUACCUACACUGAUGAUGGUCAUUGUUUGGAUGGGGGGCUUUUAUCCAUUUCCACAGUCACACAAUCAAUCAAUCAGUAGCUGAACUGGGUUCCACCCAGUCACAAAAACGUAUUAACCGAAAAAGCCUCAAAUAGCAAAAUAAAUAGCAAAAACAAAAGCACCAAACUUAAUCCAUUCCGGAAGUCUGUUUGACUUCCAAAAUGUUCAAAAACCAAGGCGCAGCUUCUGAUUGGUGCAGGCUCCCUGGAAACAAUAGCCGACAACUGCAUUGGAUGUUUGGCUUCUGAAAAACAUUCGAAAACCGGAACACUUACUUCCGGGUUUUCGGCAGUUGGGAACCAAAGUGUUUGAGUACCAAGGCGUUUGAGAACCAAGGUACCACUGUAAUCCAGGUGGGGGUCAUAGUUUUUUCAGCGCUGUGCCUGAUAGCUCCAUUCCUCUUUCAGCAAAACUGCUUCCUUCACCUCCUACCCCAAUCUCCAGCUACAGUGGUAAAGUAAAGGAUAAAGGGACCCCUGACCAUUAGGUCCAGUCGUGACCGACUCUGGGGUUGUGGCGCUCAUCUCGCUUUAUUGGCUGAGGGAGCCGGCGUACAGCUUCUGGGUCAUGUGGCCAGCAUGACUAAGCCGCUUCUGGCGAACCAGAGCAGCGCACAGAAAUGCCGUUUACCUUCCCGCCAGAGCGGUACCUAUUUAUCUACUUGCACUUGAUGUGCUUUCGAACUGCUAGGUUGGCAGGAGCAGGGACCGAGCAACGGGAGCUCACCCCGUCACAGGGAUCUGAACCGCCGACCUUCUGAUCGGCAAGUCCUAGGCUCUGUGGUUUAACCCACAGCACCACCUGUGUACCUCGGGUUAAGUACUUAAUUCGUUCCAGAGGUCCGUUCUUAACCUGAAACUGUUCUUAACCUGAAGCACCACUUUAGCUAAUGGGGCCUCCUGCUGCUGCUGCGCCGCCAGAGCAUGAUUUCUGUUCUCAUCCUGAAGCAAAGUUCUUAACCUGAGGUACUAUUUCUGGGUUAGCGGAGUCUGUAACCUGAAGCGUCUGUAACCCGAGGUACCACUGUACUCUAAUUUCCCCCCUGUUAAAGCCCACUUACCCUGUGAAACAACCCUCUUGAAUUCUGGGGUUGCACAGCUAUGAUUAUAGGCUUUGAUACCCUCAACUUCCCACCUUGCAAACUCGCCUGCAAGCUCAUUAGCAGGUGAAUAUCCAGCUGCUGCAACAGUUAAACACGGAGCUGAUAUUUAAUUUAUGCAACGAGGACUGCCGUGCGGCCAGAAUCAAAGGCUACUAAUUUCUGCAGUGGUGUAAGGAGAAUAUUUUAAAAAUAUUUUUUAAUGUUUUUUCCCUUUUCUUCCAAAAGCCCGUAACCAGCAAGCUCAUUUGCUGAUAUGACUCAGGGGGAUGGAAGAGAGAAAGAGAAGGAGAGAGAGAGUGAGAGAAUGAAAAAGGCAGCGUCAUGAGCCGCAGUUCCAUGACUGAUCUCCAGGCAGCUCUCGUUAAUUGGAGCUGUCAGUGAAAUAAUUUUCAAAGAGGAAAUAAUUGCAAACGGCUCGUGGAUCAGUCAUGGCUGGAGGCUGGCGAUUUGGUCUGCAGGUGUGCGGGGAGAAAGCUUCCUUGGCUGACGGUCCGUUCGAAGCCUAACGAAGCGACAUCCUCGUUAACGAAACUGGCUUUCUCUGCUCCCUAUCUCCAUCAGCGACAGGAUUGUAUGAUAUGCCUCUGAGCAUGUGCAGGGAUUGUUUUACGCAGUUGAUCUAACAGAGCAGAACUGUGUUAUUUCUGCCUGCAGGUGGGGUGUGUGCUGUCUAAGGAAAUCGGAAAGCUGCCUUAUAGCAAAUCAGACCAAUUAGUCCAUUAAUUAGUCUGGUGGUUCCCAAGGCGGGUGGGACUGCCCCCUGGUGGGCUGCAUGAUUAUUUAAAGGUAAAGGUAAAGGGACCCCUGACCAUUAGGUCCAGUCGUGGCCGACUCUGGAGUUGUGGCGCUCAUCUCGCUUUAUUGGCCGAGGGAGCCGGCGUACAGCUUCCGGGUCAUGUAGCCAGCAUGACUAAGCCGCUUAUGGCGAACCAGAGCAGCGCACAGAAACGCCGUUUACCUUCCUGCCAGAGUGGUACCUAUUUAUCUACUUGCACUUUGACGUGCUUUCGAACUGCUAGGUUGGCAGGAGCAGGGACCGAGCAACAGGAGCUCACCCCGUCGCGGGGAUUCGAACCGCUGGCCUUCUGAUCAGCAAGUCCUAGGCUCUGUGGUUUAACCCACAGCGCAAGGGAGAGACAUUGAAGGUCUAAAUAACCAUCUGAUCAUUUGAGAAGCUGGUAUCAAGCUGGUCAGUUUUUGUCGAAUUAACUGAAGAGCUUUAAUAAGAUUUGGAAUAAAUGUUUAAAUUAAUUUGACACCAUUUUGAAUUUUAUUGUGUUACUACCUUCCUUAGUAGGGGACGCGGGUGGCGCUGUGGGUAAAACCUCAGCGCCUAGGACUUGCCGAUCGCAUGGUCGGCGGUUCGAAUCCCCGCGGCGGGGUGAGCUCCCGUCGUUCGGUCCCAGCUCCUGCCCACCUAGCAGUUCGAAAGCACUCUUAAGUGCAAGUAGAUAAAUAGGUACCGCUGUAUAGCGGGAAGGUAAACGGCGUUUCCGUGUGCUGCGCUGGUGCCGGUUUGCUGGAGCAGCUUCGUCACGCUGGCCACGUGACCCGGAAGUGUCUGCGGACAGUGCUGGCUCCCGGCCUCUAGAGUGAGAUGAGCGCACAACCCUAGAGUCUGUCAAGACUGGCCCGUACGGGCAGGGGUACCUUGACCUUUUUAUGCUACUACAGCAGCAAGACUGCUACUUGCUCAAAAGUGGAAAGAGGAAGAAGUCCCAGCAAAGGAAGAACGGAUACAAAAACUAAUGGGAUAUGCAGAAAUGGCAAAACUUAACCGGAAGAAUAAGAAAUCAAGAUAACAAACUUUUUAUAAAAGAAUGGAAAUGGUUUAUUGAAUAUUUGCAGAUAAAUUGUAAACAGAUAAAAUCAUUAGCAGGAUUAUUGUAACAACCUGCAGUUUCACAAUAGUAUAUAUUUACAGUAGGUAAUUAAAUGAGCAAGUGAAAUGAAUCUGGAUAUGCAGAAGAUAAUUUUUUUAAAAAAAUAAAUUUAAGGAACUGCAGAAAGAGGGGGAAGGAAGUCGAAUUUUGAAAUGUUAAAUUGAUUGUAAAACUAAUGAAAUGUAUAAACUUGAAAUUAAAAAAAAACACCCACCUUUAAAAACACCAAAAAAUUGCCAGCCCCUGAAUUAGUCUUGCAACCGGACAGCCACUAAACCCCCAACCAACAUCGGGGAUUUUAUAGGGGGGUCUCUGAACUGUGAUCAGAAACAAACUGGUGCAAAUAACUAUGAAGUGCUAUGGGAUCUUCUCUGCAUAGAACGCUUGUGGUUCAGUCUGACUCAAGUCUCCAGAGAUUUCCCUUCUGUCUCAGUCCUCCCGCUCCUAACUCUUUCAACCCCCUUCCUCCGGCAGUUACUACGGUCUGACCGUCUGGUUCCCAGACAUGAUCAAGCACCUCCAGAACAUUGAAUAUGCCUCUCGCACCAAGGUGUUCAACAACGAGUCUGUGCGCCACAUCACCUUCAACUUCACGCUGGAAAACCAGAUCCACACCCGCAGCGAGUAUUUCAACGACAAGUAGGUGGCCGCUCUCUCUUGCUCUUUGAAAUGUGGCAACCCUACCAUAUGAUAGGCUCUGGUUCGCCAGACGGGUCAUGACCGAGACCAUUGGGAGUUUGUUCCUUGUUGGUUGGUUCUGCGCGAGAACGGGGCCUUCUCAGUGGUGGCCCCGUCUCUACCAUUUGCGGAAUGCUUUCUGCUGGGAAACAGGCCUAGCACCAAGAUGGUUAUCUUUUAAUGCCAGGGUAAUACCUUUCUGUUUUGGUGGUUACACUACCCUCUACGGUGGUGCUCAACUUUCAGCGAAGUGGGGUUAUGACUUGUCCUUAGAUGAGAAUUUUAGGGAUAGAAUAAUAGAACUGUAGAGCUGGAAGAGACCAUGAGGGUCAUCUAGUCCAGGGGUCAGCAAACUUUUUCAGCAGGGGGCCAGUCCACUGUCCCUCAGACCUUGUGGGGGGCCGGACUAUAUUUUGAAAAAAUAUAUGAACAAAUUCAUAUGCCCCACAAUUAACCCAGAGAUGCAUUUUAAAUAAUAGGACACAUUCUACUCAUGUAAAAACACACUGAUUCCCGGACUGUCCGCGGGCCGGAUUGAGAAGGCGAUUGGGCCGGAUUCGGCCCCCGGGCCUUAGUUUGCCUACCCUUGAUCUAGUCCAAGCCCCGGCCAAGCAGGAAUCUUUCACCUGACUCAAACCCAUAACCUCUCUGUUUUACGACAGGUUUAUAAGCCUCAAAAUGAAGUCUGUGUCCUUCGUCGACUCCUUGUUUGAGGAAUGUUACUUUGAGGACAUCACAUCUAGCAAUACGUUCUUCAAGAACUGCACCUUCAUCUCUACCGUCUUCUACAACACGGGUAAAGUCUGAGGCCGCCGCGUGCCAAAAAAGCAAACAAAAACCUUUAAAAAAUAUUUUCUUUGUCCAAUUUUUCAAAUGUUCCUACAAUGAAAAUUACAUCUAAACAAAAAAUAUAUAUAUCCUGGUGCUCCUUCCUAUUCUAUGGUUAAGUCAGGCCACCUCCUGGUAGGACCAGUUGUUUAAGUGAGUUCUCUUUUAUUCUUUUAUACAUUGUGGGAGCCCAUGUAGAACCACAGGACUGUACAGUAGGAAGGGACACCAAGAAUCAUCUAGUCUGACCCCCCUGCAGUUCAUUUAAUAAAUAAAAAUAAAAUAACCCUCCGUCUGUCUCCUCUUGACCCACAGACCUCUUUGAGUACAAGUUCAUCAACAGCCGGAUCAUCAACAGCACCUUUCUCCACAACAAAGAAGGGUGCCAGCUGGACUUCAGCGAUGACAACAAUGCCUACAUGAUUUAUUUUGUCAGUUUCCUGGGCACCCUCGCUGUCCUGCCAGGGAAUAUAGUCUCUGCGCUCCUGAUGGACAAAAUUGGGCGACUUCGGAUGCUGGGUAAGGGUUAUAGGUAGUCCUGUCACCAUUGACAGAUGAAAGAAAUAUAAAAAUAAUAAUAAAUUUUUAAUUAUACCCCACCCUUCCCAGUUCAAAAACCGGGCUCAGGGCGGCUAACAACAAAUUUAAGACACUUAAUUAUAAAAGCAGCAUAAAGUACAAUAUAAAAACAUGAAUAACAAUAAAAUUCAAAAAUCAAUUUAGGGGAAAUAAGCAUUAGGUAACCCCCAGGGCUAGCUGGCUGAAUUGGUCCUACUUGGGCCAGCAAGGAGACCAGGGGAGAAUUAGCUGUGGGAUCCCAGAGUGGGUAAUCUUCAUAAAAAGGGGAGAGGUUAAAUCCUGAAGGGCCCUAGUCUCAUGGGACAGAGCAUUCCACCAGGUCGGAGCCAUCACUGAAAAGGCCCUGGCCCUGGUGGAGGAUAGUCUGACUUCCUUAGGGCCUGGGACCUCUAAACCAUGGUUAUUCAUGGACCUUAAGGUCCUCUGCGGGGCAGACCAGGUGAGGCGGUCCCGUAGAUACGAGGGCCCUAAGCCACAAAGGGCUUUAAAGGUCAAGACCAGCACCUUGAACCUGACCCUAUAUUCCACCGGGAGCCAGUGCAACUGGUAAAUCACUGGGUGAAUAUGCUCCCAUGGCAGGGACCCCGUGAGGAACCUCGCUGCAGCAUUCUGCAGCCGCUGGAGUUUCUGGGACAGCUUCAAUAGCACAGCAAAGGCGGCUCCUAAUGUCAAUAGGCAGGGAGUUCCACAGUGUAGCUGCUGCCACACUAAAAGAUUGAGUUCCUACAAAUGAGAAAUGGGUGUUAUGUAGUGCUUGAGGAGUAUGGCAAUCUUGCAGGCAAACUUUCCCCAAGUUGUUAAAAGCUUUAUAUACGGAUAGGAAUGUCCUGUCUGGAAAUUUCCCACCUAAUUACUGGGUAAAAGGCACCGGUCAGAUCACGGGAUAUUGAUGGCCAAAACAGACCAUGCCUUAGUGUGUCUGUAUUAUUAUUUUUUUGCCAGCUGCAGGGACCCCAGAUCCAGACCAUGAUUGUGGCAUGAGUAAGAGGCGAGAGCUAAGUCCUUUGUGCUUCUUUCCUGUUGAAAACUGCUCCCCCACACUCUGAAUUUUAAGUUGCUCCAUGAGUGUAAAUGACAGGCUCUUUUCAGGAGCAAAGGAGGAGGGCGUUUUCUUUAAGAAAAGGGCACGGGGGGAAAUGAUUGCCCCAGCUCUGAGCUGCAAUUCUGAUCUAAACUCGGACUCCGCUCAGUUCUUGCACUGCAAAAUGCAGCUCAGUCGCUAGAGCGUGAGACUCUUGUGGGUUCAAGCCCCGCGUUGGGCAAAAACAGGGGUCUGCAAACUUUUUCAGCAGGGGGCCAGUCCACUGUCCCUCAGACCUUGUGGGGGGCCGGACUAUAUUUUUUGGGGGGAAUAUUUUUUGCUCUCUAAGACUCACUUUUUCCCUCUUAAAAAGUAAGGGGAAAUGUGUAUGCGUCUUAUGGAGCGAAUGCAGACUGCGCAGCUAUCGCAGAAGCCAGAACAGCAAGAGGGAUCGCUGCUUUCACUGCGCAGCAAUCCCUCUUGCUGUUCUGGCUUCUGAGAGUCAGAAUAUUUUUUUUCUUGUUUUUCUCCUCCACAAACUAGGUGCGUCCUGUGGUCUGGUGCGUUUUAUAGAGCGAAAAAUAUGGUAAUUCCUACGCCCCACAAAUAACCCAGAGAUGCAUUUUAAAUAAAAGCACACAUUCUACUCAUGUAAAAACACCAGGCAGGCCCUACAAUAUCACCCAGAAAUUCAUUUUAAAUAAAAGGACACAUUCUACUCAUGUAAAAACAUGCUGAUUCCCGGACCGUCCGCGGGCCAGAUUUAGAAGGCGAUUGGGCUGCAUCCGGCCCCCGGGCCUUAGUUUGCCUACCCAUGAGCAAAAAGACCCCAGCACUGCAGCAGGUUGGACUAGAUGACCCCCGUGGUCCCUUCCGCCUCUACGAUUCUAUGAUUCUUUGCAGUGCAUUUUGGUGCAAAGAAAGGUUUCGGAAGGGCAGGGAAUCUAUGGCUUUGUGGCCCUUUUGACUUUUGUGCUAAUUAGCCUCGUUCGUUAAUGUUUCCCCCAUGAAAGAGCCCGUGUGAUUUGCUUAAAAGACCCUACUAGGCAACAGGACUGCAUUUUCAUUUGUGUGAAUAGUUGCUGAUUUUGAAUGAAUGAAUAAUGAAGCUUCUGGAGAACUAGGAACAAAAUUGGUGCGUGGGCAGGAUUUCUGAUGAACAGUUUAUAUCGUGGGAGGGUUGGCAUCGUGGCACCUGGGAGCCCUCCGCCCCCCCCUUGAGGUCUCCCCCAAAUUCCCUGAGCUCCUCCACCUCUUUGGACAUGAGCUAGUGAGGGUGACGACCUUUCUUCUCCCUUGAAAAGCACACAGAGCUGAAAGAGUGAUGCUUUUCCAGGCACAGGUUAAGUCUACUGCAUCUAACUGUUACCCAGAUACCUUGGGAAAUUAAUGAGUGUGUGUGUGUGAGAGAGAGAGCAUAGUUGUCAACUUUUCCCGUAGGGACGCGGGUGGUGCUGUGGGUUAAACCACAGAGCCUAGGACUUGCCGAUCAGAAGGUCGGCGGUUCGAAUCCCAGCGACGGGGUGAGCUCCCGUUGCUCGGUCCCUGCUCCUGCCAACCUAGCAGUUCGAAAGCACGUCAAAAUGCAAGUAGAUAAAUAGGUACCACUCUGGUGGGAAGGUAAACAGCGUUUCUGUGUGCUGCUCUGGUUCACCAGAAGCGGCUUAGUCAUGCUGGCCACAUGACCUGGAAGCUGUACGCCGGCUCCCUCAGCCAUUAAAGCGAGACGAGUGCCGCAACCCCAGAGCCGGCCACAACUGGACCUAAUGGUCAGGGGUCCCUUUACCCUUUACCCUUUACCCUUUACCUUACCCUUAUUCCGAAUAGGAUUCCUCGCAAGAAAAGGGAAAAGCUGACAGCUUUGGAUAGAGAGAGCAUUUUCUUUUACUCUCUUGAGACGAAUACAAACAUAUUUACACAGUUUGUGUACGGGAAAGAACUAAUAACAAAGUUUGCUACAAUCUUAUUUUUUGGCUGUAUUCAACUGAAAUUGCAGACUGGUUGAAUUAAGUCAGCAUGGCUAACUGGGCUCCAUUAAUUCAAUGGGUCCACUUUGAGUAGGACUUAGCUGGGUAAGGUAAAGAUAAAGGGACCCCUGACCAUUAGGUCCAGUUGCAGACGACUCUGGGGUUGCAGCGCUCAUCUCGCUUUACUGGCCAAGGGAGCUGGCGUACAUCUUCCGGGUCAUGUGGCCAGAAUUACUAAGCUGCUUCUGGUGAACCAGAGCAACGCACGGAAACGCCCUUUACCUUCCAGCUGGAGUGGUACCUACUUGCACUUUGAGGUGCUUUCAAACUGCUAGGUUGGCAGGAGCUGGGACCGAGCAACAGGAGCUCACCCUGUCGCGGGGAUUCGAACCGCCAACCUUCUGAUCGGCAAGUCCUAGGCUCUGUGGUUUAACCCACAGCACCACCCACGUCCCACCCGUUAAUCAGCACUAUUGCAGAAACUCUUAUUUUUAGCAGUACUCAAAAGGCUGCCAGUAAUACUGAGCACUCCUCUGGGUUUUGAACCUUUCCCACCAUGAGAUCUAAUAAUAAUAAUAAUAAUAAUAAUAAUAAUAAUAAUAAUAAUAAUAAUAUCUUUAUUGUCAUUGCCCCCUUCGGGGACAACGAAAUUACUUGACUGCUCCAUAAAAACACUAAUUAAUCAAUACAGUAUAAUACAGCAAGGGAGAUUAGAUGACUUUCAAAGUCCGGGCUUCCCAUUCAGGGCCGAGAUCGCUCUGGAGAAGAAGCUGUUCUUAAGACGGCUCGUUCUUGUCUUCAUCGUCCUGUAUCUCCGUCCCGACGGCAAGAGCUCGAAGAGACAGUGACCAGGAUGCGAUGGAUCUUUUACUAUGUCCAGUGCCUUCCUAUGGCACCUUGUGGCAUAAAUCUGCUCUAAGGUGGAGAGUGGGCAGCCAACAAUGCUCUCUGCUGCCUUAACAACCCUGCACAACCCCAUCCUGUCCUGGGUAGUACAGCUUCCGUACCACACACAUAAGCCAUAAGUGAGCACGCUCUCAAUGGCACAGUGAUAGAAGGCAAGCAGCAGUUUCUGCGGAAGAUGGUUUUUCCUUAGUAUUCUCAAAAAGUACAGUCUCUGCUGUGCCUUCUUCACAAGCCCCCUUGUGUUGACACUCCAGGACAGAUCCUCUUGUAAUUCAAUGCCCAAAAAUCUGAACGUUGUUAUCUAGAAACUUGUUUGACGAUUCCUAAGAGAUCGGCUUCUGCGACGGAUGCAGAGGGCAAUGGGUGCAGUCAGACAUGGGUAACCUUGAAUUAGGACUAUCCCAUUGACUCCUGUCUCUUCCCUUCCCCCCUCCCAUCUUCUCCCCGACACAUCCAGCCGGGUCGAGUGUCAUGUCCUGCGUGAGCUGCUUCUUUCUGUCAUUCGGGAACAGCGAGUCCGCCAUGAUCGCCCUGCUCUGCCUAUUUGGUGGGGUCAGCAUAGCUUCGUGGAACGCCCUGGACGUCCUUACGGUCGAGCUCUACCCAUCAGAUAGAAGGUAAGCCAUGCCUCCCCCUCUUUGCAGAAAUCCCAGUUCUUAGGGAAAGCCUACCAGAGUUGUAGGGGUCUGUGGUCGGGUGGUGGCCAAAGGCGAUUUCUGCAGCAGAGACCCCGCCUCCACCAUCCUGGAGCCGACCAAUCGGCAUGAAAGGGGAGCAUUCCUAGCCAAUGAGAAGAAGCCCUCUUCAUCUUUGUGCUGAUUGGAGCCAAUCGGAGGGAAAGGAGGUGGGUCAGCCACUGAGGGUUGGCUCCUAGGGACAUUCUGCAGAAGGUGCGCAGGAGUGUGCUGGACCCGGGGGUAACCUGGGAAACACGGUCCAGGACCAGUCCAGAAACCGUAGGAGUCAGUCCGACAGGGGCAAGGCAGGAAACCAGGCAAGGACAGGUUCAGAAUCUCAGGCAGGAUCUAGCAUACAGCAAUGUUGCUCCCGCAGUCUGGGGCAGGGUCUGACAGCCUUUGUCGGGGUAACGGCCAGUCCUGAUCCCCUGGCGACUCACCUCCCUGUCUUACCCGAAGGCGAGCACUCCUCCUGCGAGUACUCAGGUCCCUCCUCCUCUCAGACCUCAGUCUCUCCAGCUCAGGAGAUAUCGGUGGGUUACUAGACCCAGGGGCCGCCUGAGCCUCCCCUGACCCAACCGGUAGUGGAACAGCUGUAAGCGAUAGCCCAGCUGGAGGCAACGAGGUCAUCCCCACAUCUGGAGCCAGGGCAGGCUCAGGCCCCUGACUCGGCCCAGCUGGUGCCUGUUGCAGGGGAACCUGUGCAGACUGGGGCUCUUCAGGGUCAGGCCCCAGACUUGGUUCAGAUAAUGCCUGAGGCAGAGGAUCCGGUGCGGAUUGAGACUCCUCUGGUUAUUAGUCUGAGUCCCAGGCCAUCACAAGGAGGAAACACAGAGGAGGAAAUUGUACUGGAAGGUCCAAAAUCUCUAAGGUGCAGAGGUUUCUGGCAGGGUGUCCAUUUGCAGAGGGCAGUCCUUCACUACAGACUUGGGGAACCCGGAGGAUAAUCCUGGCCCCUGAGGCCAUUUCCCCGAAAUCAUAACUCACCAGCUGACAUCCCUUGCAAUCAUUUUCUGACCAGCGGGUGAUGGGUGCUGCAAUCCAGAACAUUUCGGAGGAGCUGGACUUCACUAAAUGACCCUUGCGGUCCCUUUGAACUCUACGAUUGUACAAAGCAGGGGGAAGUUGUCCUUGCAAAGUGUGUCACGGAUCUUUCUUUUGACUGCUAUGAAUUCAGAUGCCGCCGCAAACCCUCCGGUUGCGAAUCAAGAAUUUCACUUAAAAGAACCCCCAGAUCCCAAGUUGAUAGUCCUCAUGGUUUACAAGGACAACAAUGUAUAUGAUUUUUUGGGGAAUGGGGACAGGAGGGUUCAGAAGCACUGCCUGAAUGCUUCUGCGAUGCCAGAACUAUGGGAGCUGUCUAGAUUGCGAAGGACUCUAGAGGUGGCCCAAAGCGGUGAAUUGCAUCCCUCCCUGCAUUGCAACAUCUUAAAAAAGAAAGAAAGAAAGUGUAAAAUCCAAAUCUCAUGACGGUGCGGUUCCUGUCCCUUCCCUCCCAGCGCCCCCAAUGUCCUUUCAGGGAUAAACACUUUGCAGGGGGGAAGCGAGAGGCUGCCUAGCAUUGGAAAUGAGGGCAAGCCGAGAAAAAGUGACGCAUCCAGCUUGCCAGUCACACGCCAGCCCAAGCUGCCCGCAGGGACCUUGGCAGCACAGGAGAAAAGGAGGAGGGGGGAGAGAGAGAGGGGAAGAGAGAGAGAAGGCAGGAUGAAUGGUUCCUGGAGAGGAGCAGAAACCCAGAGCUGCGUUUCUUCUGUGGGAGGAGAGAGAGAGGGACGAAAGCUUAGAGGUCAGGUCACAGAGGUUGAGGUCCAUUUUGAAGCAGCAGCACAAACAGGCUUUGCAAAACAGAGCAGAUGUAAUGAAAUCAGCAAGACGUGAUGAUUUUCUUGAUUAUUUAUUAGUAAGAAUUUAUACGCUGCUGGGAGGUAGCAAAAAAACUGAAAGCGAAGGCUUACAAAAUACAGUCGUGCCUCAGGUUAAGAACUUACCCGUAUUUUUCGCUCUAUAAGACGCACCAGACCACAAGACGCACCUAGUUUUUGGAGGAGGAAAACAAGAAAAAAAAUAUUCUGAAUCUCAGAAGCCAGAACAACAAGAGAGAUCGCUGCGCAGUGAAAGCAGCAAUCCCUCUUGCUGUUCUGGCUUCUGUGAUAGCUGCGCAGCCUGCAUUCGCUCCAUAAGACGCUCACACAUUUCCCCUUAUUUUUUAGGAGGGAAAAAGUGAGUCUUAUAGAGCAAAAAAUACGGUUGAAGGGAAGUUUUCUUUCUGCAGUUCUCUUACUGCACAUAACUGUGGCAUUGUGGGAAGUCUUGCUAUGAAAUCUUGCUAUGCUUCCUAUGAGAACUAUUGCUUCUUUUUUAUGACGAAGAUGGGUGUAUUAUAGGGGCUAACUGAAGGCUCAAUAUGGUCUGCCGAUAAUUGUUCAUUCACUAAUUGUUUUAAAGCAAGUAGCUUUUCUCCCGUUAUGGGCCAUUGUUCCACCCAUACAGGACUGGUAGAUUUCCAGCUGAGGGGAAGUGCAAGCUUACUCAUUAAAUUGAAUGGUAGCUUGUAAUUGUUGUAGUAAAUCUCUUCCCCACAGAUUGAGGUGGAUUUUCAGCACACAGGGCUGGAUGUAAGCAAUGGUUUCAGAGCUAUCAGGCAGAGAAACAGGCAGCCACUGUACGCUUUUGGAAGAGGUUUGGGGGCCACCCACACCCAAGACUGCAGAGGCAGACUCAAGGGGCCACGUGGGGUCCCAGCAACUACUAGAAAUUACAGAAACGUCUGCGCCUGUGUCAAUCAAGCCUUCCAGCACAAUACCAUUGAUUUUAUACUUACGAAGAGUUUCUUCUCACCAAUCCUCUGGACUACAGCUAACAGCUGUGGAGGGAAAGAAGAGAGCUCGUGCAAAUUAGUAUCCAUAAUAGAAGCAGUAGGAUGAGAAGGAGCACCACCAAAUGCGCCCAAGACUCACCCUUUUUUAAUUGCAUGGGCAUAUGGCUCCAGAGUUGAACCAUUAUUGUGCCUACAUAGUCAGGAUCCAGAACCCCAGGAAUAACCUGGAUUCCUUCUUUUGGUGUCAGAAACAUACGGUAAUUCGUUCUGGAGGUCCAUUCUUAACCUAAACCACCACGCAAUUUCUGUUCUCAUCCUGAAGCAAAGUUCUUAACCCGCGGUACUAUUUCUGUGUUAGUGGAGUCUGUAACCUGAAGCGUCUGUAACCUGAAGCGUUUGUAACCCAAGGUACCACUGUAUAUAUCAAGUUGUUGUUGUUGUUGUUUUAAAUGGCCUUCCUCCUCCCUCUUCCGUUUCUUCUUUCUAUCAUCAUAAUCAUCAUCAUCAUCAACAACAACAACAACAACACCCCCCCCCAGUGAUCUCUAGCAUAGCUGUCAACUUACAGAUUUGAAAAUAAGGGACCAGCAGCCUCAAAAAUAAGGGAUCAGCAGCCAAAAUAAGGGAUUUUCCGGCCACAGGUAUGUUCGACUUCUGAGCCCCUCUGAGCCAAAGGCAGAAAGCCCACCAGCAGCCAAAUGAAGCCUCAUCAAUAAGGGACAGCAGCGGGACAUGGCGCUGGGAUAAGGGACUGUCCCGCCAAAUAAGGGACACUUGACAGCUAUGAUCUCUAGUUGGUGCACAUGGUUCUCCUCCCCAUUUUAUCCUCACGACAGCCCUGUGAGGUAGGUGAGGCUGAGAGGCAGUGACCGGCCCAAGGUCACCCGUGAGCUUCGUGGCUGAGCGGGGAUUCGAACCCUGCUCUCCCAGGUCCUACCUAGUCCAACACACGAACCAUUUUACGUCACACUGGCUCUGGUUUCCUCCAUUUGUGUCGCUGGCUUGCACAGCGAGGGCGAGGAGUCAGGUUUUUUUCUGAUCAGCAGGCGACUGGCGUGAAAAGCGUGUUUUUAAAACACGCGAUUUCCCGUGGCGAGAUGCCACCUCAGAGCCUGGCAGACUCAUUGUGCCCAAAGAGAGGCUGUGCGUGUCGAUAACUUGUAGUUAUUUCCUGAUUCUGAGAUGCAACUGCCUGGAGAACUAAUUCUCUCCCUGAACCCCCCCCCGCCCCCAUGUUCAUCUAUUUCUUGAUAUUCCGAAGGCAUCCAAAGGGAAGUUUGAAUUUUUUAAAAAUUUAAAUUUUAUUUAACAUAAUUAUUACAAAAUACAGUACAAGCUAAAUACUGCAAAUACAUACAUACAUAUUUCAGAUAAGCACACACACAUAUAUAAAAUAAUAAAAAAGAAAAAAAGGAAGAAAAGAAAAAAGAAAAAGAAAAAAUAAGAAGAAUAAUUGGAAGAAGAAAAAUUGGAAGAAUUUCUUCCAAAUUUAUUCUACAAAUAUCUCAAUAAUAAAAUUUCACUGAUGGACUUCCAUCACUUACACUGCACUUCCUAUAUACAUUUUAAGCAAAAUUGUAUCUGUCAUUCCGUAUUUUCCCCAUACAAUCUCAUACAAAUAUUCUAAUCAGUAGGUUUUCUAAAUCUUUCAUAAAUCUAUUCUAAACACAACCAAUACCUUACACAAUACCUUUUGUUGUGUUUUUAUAUUUUGUGGGAAGCUGCCCAGAGUGGCUAGGGCAACCCCAGUCAGAUGGGCAGGCUAAAAGGUAAAGGUAAAGGGACCCCUGACGAUUAGGUUCAGUCGUGACCGACUCUGGGGUUGUGGCGCUCAUCUCACUUUAUUGGCCGAGGGAGCUGGCGUACAGCUUCCGGGUCAUGUGGCCAGCAGGACUAAGCCGCUUCUGGCGAACCAGAGCAGCGCACGGAAACGCUGUUUACCUUCCUGCCAGAGCGGUACCUAUUUAUCUACUUGCAUUUUGACGUGCUUUUGAACUGCUAGGUUGGCAGGAGCAGGGACCGAGCAAUGGGAGCUCACCCCAUAGCGGGGAUUCGAACCCCCGACCUUCUGAUAAUAAAAUUAUUAUUAUUUCUUCCUUUGCUUCUAGGACGACCGCUUUCGGCUUCCUCAAUGCCCUGUGCAAACUGGCCGCCGUCCUGGGCAUCAGCAUCUUCACGUCCUUUGUGGGCAUCACGAAAGCGGUGCCCAUCCUUCUGGCCUCAGCGGCGCUGGCCGUGGGGAGCUCCCUGGCCCUCAAGCUGCCGGAGACACGGGGGCAGGUGCUGCAGUGA